CCAUUUCGCUGCGCUAAGUCUCCUCCCCGCGACCGCUACAUUCUGCGCGGAAAGACACUCUCUCCCGGUCCGUAUUUUAACUUCUUCAUCGAGGCCGAGUGCUACCUCGUUGGGUACCGGGAGGCAGUUUGCACCGCCGCCAUCACGGAUUGAGGGCGAUUUUACACGGAUGACGACUCCUUCAGCGAGAAUUUAGUAAAAGAAAACUGAUCGGAAAAUUCAGAACAUGCGGAGGGGACCCUAAUUUCAGCAUCCUGGAAGUAGAAAGCACUGAGGACCUGUGUCUCACUCCACAGACAGGUGCAACGUGUGGCCACAGCAGCAGCGAGGAAGGGGAGGCGGCAGUGCGGCAGCGAGCCUCUCCGGCUGUGGAUGUGCUGGGUGGCAAGCCCCAGGCCGCACACAAUGUGUCUGGGGAGUCACAUCGGCAUGUCCCGCAGCCGGCCGCUGCUGCCACCCGCCCGCUCCCUCCCUUGCCAGAAAGCGUCCACUCUGCAUUCCUGGUCAUGGAGACAACUCCUCCGCUCCCAAUUAGCGGCGAUGCAAGCGUCCGCGUCUCACGGAGCGAGCGUGUCGCCCAAGUCGACGGCGUCAACUUGUCCCUUGAUGAGGACUUCAGACCAUGUGCCCCCCUCGCCUCACAUCCACAAAACACUAGCGAGUUUCGAGGGUUGCAACGUGGCUUACAUACUGUUACUAAAGAGACGAACCUUUCCAAUUGCGAGACGCAUCAUAUUCAGUUUCCUCAAGAAGGUGCUGGGAUCGCGGUUGGUUUACAACACAACUCGGAUAUUGAAAGACACUUGGAAUUUGACAGAAAACACACUAGUGGAACUGUUGCACCACAAGCUCAGCUCGGCUUCACGGGCUCAUCCUUCUCAAACGCUAGAGAGCACAGAGCUACGGAGCAUUCAAAUCAAGCAGGCGCUCGCCAAGACUCGACACCGCUUGUGUCUGCUCCAUCGAACUGCAGUGGACAAGUUAACCUGCCACGAGUUCUCAAAGAGGUCCAGCAGGAUGUUGUGCAUGUUAAUGAGAUGGCGGACGUGUCAAACAAAGCUGCUCUUCUCUCAGUUGAAACACUUGAGACUCCAAAUGCAGGAGGACCUGGAUCAGGUUCUCCACAGACGCCGGUGUUGUUCAACAACACAAGACACGCCCAAUCGGGCUGUGUAAUUGAGGAACCGAGCGACAGUUCCCCUAAGUCCUCCGCUCUCUGCUCGGUACUUGACUCGGGCCUGCUUGUGUCCUUGCAAGCUGAGGCAGAACCAUCACAACCCAUCACAACGGAGACGCCCAUGAUUACUGAACUGGUGCAUUCCGCUGACUCGCAGGAGAUUGUGGUUGUCAGCGAGGCGGCGCACCUGGGGGGCGGCUGGUCCAAUGUGCACUUGAAGCAGAGUUACCUCCUACAGCGCGCCGAUGGAAGCGUGUGCGAGGCCGCCAUUGUCACCGAGCACACGCCGGCGGAGGCCAACAUGAACUUGGACACGCAAAACGUGGAAGUGUACCAGUUCUGUGGUUUGGUGGAGGAGGUAGCCGAGGAGACUGUGUGCGUCAGCACCAGCGUGCAGAUACCUCACUCUCCGGGAUACGAGGUCAACUUGUUCAAUGCUUUGUUGGACUCCUCAGAGGACCUUGAAUCCAACUUAGAACCUUCUAUCCCCACUAUUAAUGACCGUGACACGGUCAUCAUAUCCCAGCAGGAAGACGAUGCAGUCCAAGAACGGGUUUGUUCCAACAGCAGUGUCCACAGUCUCUCUGUAGCUGCAGUGGGGCAGCACCUUCUACUAGACACCAGCUCCAAUCAGGUGUGUUUGCUGGAAGUGGACUCGUUCCGCAUGGACCAGACUCUGACACAAGUCUCGACGCCUUGUCCGCAGGUGAGCGAGGACAGACGGGAAGCGGAUGGACACACUACUCUCUCCUCGCUUGUAUCGCCGGUAGAUGCUGUUAAAAGUCAGCAAGUGAAAGCUUCUGUCGCCACGCAAGAGGCCCGUGUUUCUUCUCCUGCAGGAACCAAAGAACCUCCCUCUGAAGAUCUAUCCCAGCAUGCCACUGUGUCCACAGGAGCCCAACCGGAGGCUUUUAUUGCUCACCCUGCAGGGGGUAUUAAUCCAAAGCUGCUGAUCAUCCAACCAGGUCCAGUAUCUCUCCUAAAACAGGCAACCUCACUCCUCAAGCAGAGCGUGCACUCGAAACCAGACGACAAUCGGGGCACUCCAUCGUCUGGCGAGUGCCUUGCUGUCGGUUCUUCACCUGCGGCCAAAAGUGGUCGCACAAACCAGGCAAAGCCAACCACCAGGCAGAUUGCAACAGCUUCGCGUUGUAGCCAAUCAGAGGCCUUAAACGUCAUUAGACCUUCAAGCCCGACGCCUCCCGCCUUUGAUGAGGAUAGUGCCGUCACGCCACCGUCCUCCAGUGCCAAGGGCCUGGCGACACAGCAUGACUCCCCCUUUGAGGAUGAGGAUGAGGACGACGAUGAACACACGGGGGACGCCGAGGCCAUGGACGCCGCUUCGGGACAAGUCAGCAGUGAAGAAGAUGACAGUGACGAAGACGCGGAGAGACCAGACGGGGAAUUGACCACUCCAAGCUCAUCGCACAAGUGGCUAGCAGACGGGGUAUCACCCUCCACCUCCUCUUCCUCCUUCCUCGAAUCAUCACCUGGUGGUGACUGGGCCGGCUCCCGCCGUGACAAGUCGUCACCUCUGCGCGGGCCUCACGGCAAGUUUGUGUCUCCCACCUUGUUCGGGGGCUACACUUCGUCUUCUCCGCUCGAUCAGUCCACUCCGCAGCGGCAGCGUGGCGAGCGGCGCUCUGACAUGGCUGAGUUGGCCAAACACGAGGCCGACAUAGAGCACCGAAGCCUGGCGCUAAAGCGAGAGGGCUUCUGGUCCACCAAACGCCUCAACCGCCUGACUGAGCCGCCUCGGCCCAAAGUGCACUGGGACUACCUGUGCGAGGAGAUGCAAUGGCUGUCUGCAGACUUUGCCCAGGAGAGGCGGUGGAAGAGGGGCGUGGCCAGGAAGGUGGUCCGAAUGGUGAUGCGACACCAUGAGGAAGUGAGGCAAAAAGAGGAAAAGGCCAAGAGAGACGAGCACGCAAAAAUCAGGAGAGUCGCGUCCUCCAUCGCCAAGGAAGUCCGAGCUUUUUGGAGCAGUGUGGAGAAGGUGGUGCAGUAUAAGCAGCAUUCUCGGCUUGAAGAAAAGAGGAAGAAGGCUUUGGACCUCCAGCUGGACUUCAUUGUCGGACAGACGGAGAAAUACUCAGACCUCCUUAGUAAAUCGUUGGCGCCAGCCAGCCGGCCUGAACCGGUCCCGUCGCCUUCCAAGAUGUCUGCGCCCUCUGCCACCGAUGAAGACGACCAAGACUUUGAGCCUCCAUGUGAGGAGGAGGACGACGAGGAGACCAUCGAGGUGGAGGAGCAGCAGGAUGGCAACGACGCCGAGAGCCACCGCAGGGAGAUUGAACUUUUGAAGGAAGAGAGCGCGCUGCCCCUGGACCAACUGCUCAGUACACUGCAACGGACACAGGACUCCGCCGUCUCUGAUGAAGAAUGCUCCCAUGAAUCGUCCUCAUCAGCAGAGCAAGAGGAAGAUGGAGAGUUUGCUGCCAAUGAAGAGGAUGCUGCAGAUGAAGAGGACACUAUCGCUGCACAGGAAAAGGUGGAGGGAGAUGUGGAUCAUGCAGAAGAACUGGAUGACUUGGCCAAAGAGGGAGACAUGAGCAUGGAGGAGCUCAUAGAGAAGUACAAAGGAGCGUACACCUCUAAUGCCGAGGAGCCCUCUGCCUCUGGCUCCAAGGUAAGCUCAGAAUGGGAGGCGUCUGGCGAUGAGGAGGAGGAGGACAGUGAUGAAGAUGAGAGUGACGUGGAAAGCAAUAGUUCCUCCUCAGUGUCUCCAGGGGAAAGCGAAGAGGAGGAGAACAGUGAGAAUGAUGAAAGUGAGGAGGAGGAUGACGGUGCAGAUGAAGGAAUGGAGGUCUUGCUCAAGGAGGGAGACCACAGCCCAUCUUCGUCAGGCUCGCGACCAAAGAAAGAGAUCAGCCACAUAGCAGCCACUGCUGAGAGCCUGCAGCCUAAAGGCUACACGUUGGCCACGACCAAGGUCAAGACGCCCAUCCCCUUCCUGCUUCAUGGCACGCUGCGUGAGUACCAGCACAUCGGACUGGACUGGUUGGUCACCAUGUUUGAGAAGAAGCUUAACGGAAUCCUAGCUGACGAGAUGGGUUUGGGCAAGACCAUUCAGACCAUUGCACUCCUAGCUCACCUCGCUUGUGAAAAAAGUAAUUGGGGCCCACACCUUAUCAUCGUCCCCACCAGUGUGAUGUUAAACUGGGAGAUGGAGCUGAAGCGCUGGUGUCCCGGCUUUAAAAUCCUCACCUACUUUGGCAGCCAAAAGGAGAGGAAGCUGAAGAGACAGGGUUGGACCAAGCCCAACGCUUUCCAUGUUUGCAUCACAUCAUAUAAGCUGGUGCUGCAGGAUCACCAGGCUUUCCGGCGCAAGUCUUGGCGCUACCUGAUCCUCGACGAAGCACAGAACAUCAAGAACUUCAAGUCGCAACGCUGGCAGAGUCUGCUGAACUUCAACAGCCACCGACGUCUGCUGCUGACAGGAACUCCUUUGCAGAACAGCCUGAUGGAACUGUGGUCUCUGAUGCACUUCCUGAUGCCACACGUCUUCCAGUCCCACCGCGAAUUCAAGGAGUGGUUCUCCAACCCGCUGACGGGCAUGAUCGAGGGCAGCCAGGAGUAUAAUGAGGGCCUGGUCAAGAGGCUUCACAAGGUUCUCAGACCCUUCCUGCUCAGGAGGAUCAAGGCAGACGUGGAGAAGCAGAUGCCAAAGAAGUACGAGCAUGUGGUGCGCUGUCGCCUCUCUAAGAGGCAGCGCUUUCUCUAUGACGACUUCAUGGCGCAGGCCUCGACCAAGGAGACCCUGGCCAGCGGGCACUUCAUGUCCGUCAUUAACAUCCUAAUGCAGCUCCGGAAAGUGUGCAACCACCCCAACCUGUUUGACCCUCGACCCAUCCAGUCCCCCUUCAUCACCAAGCCCAUUGUUUUCCGUACUGCUUCCCUGGUGCUGGACGCCCUGGAGGUGCUUCCUCUGAAGCGCUGUGACCUUUCUAUGUUUGACCUCAUUGGUUUGGAGGGCCGUGUGACUCGCUACCAGGCGGACGUCUUUAUACCAAACCACAAAGUCAGCUGCCAGCUCAUCCAGGAGAUUGUGGAGUCUCCCGAACCCUUGCCAAGACCCCGAGCGAUCCGCAUGAAGGUCAACAGGAUGCUCCACCCACCUCCCAAAGGUGACAACCACUCGGUGGUGCUGAUGAACCAACCCACCUGUUCGGUGCCGCCUGCAGCUCAAACGCCCAAACCUCCAAGCCCAGAGGCCACAGCGGCACUUCCGCCUGUACCUGCGUCGGCACCUGCAUCUGCACCCACGCCUCCGUCUGUACCCAUGUCUACACUUGCACCCCGGGCUGCACCUGCGGUUCAACAAGUGACGUGUUCGGUGAUGACCACAGCCCCUCCCCGCCCCCACUUGUCUCCGGGUGCUCAAACGGCUGUGAGAUCCAGCGCUCCCAAGCAGGUACUGACGGUGCGCCCUCCCCCUGCUCCGUGCACCACCAGCGUUCCCGCUCACCCGACUCCCAACCCCGGCAGCAUCAUGCCCCAAAGAGUUCUGCUCAGUCCAGACAUGCAAGCCAGGCUGCCCUCUGGUGAGGUGGUGAGCAUAGCUCAGCUCGCCUCCAUGGCAGGGCGUCCGGUCUCGUCGUGUCAGGGCAGUAAACCAGUCACCUUCCAGCUGCAGGGUAACAAGUUGACCCUCUCUGGAGCGUCCAUGCAUCAGGGGCCACCCUCGCGCCCCGUACAAGGCAAUGUGAUGCACCUCUUGUCCACCGGAGGGCAGCAUCACCUUAUCAGCCAUUCCACCCAGGUCCAGGUCCAGAGGCCGGCUGCCGUCCCCCUUGCCCAGCGACUGCCUCCCAUUGCUUCGUCUCAAGUGCCGUCCUCCUCUGGCGUGAGCAGCUCCGGGGUGGUGAAGAUCGUCGUGCGUCAGGCAGCAGGCAAGGAGGGGGGCCCUGUGCCCACCCUGGCCGUGGCCCCAUCCCCUCGCGUGGUUUCCUCGCACCCCCACCCAAACGCAACCCCUGUCCGAAACGCGGCCACGCAGCAGGUUGCCCAGCGCACCCCCGGUCCUGCCACUGCCCACUACACUCUAGCCCCCCCUAGAACUCCCAGCUCCACCCCCAACCAAGCUCAGCCCCCAGUUCCCAUCCUCAAAAUAGUGCAGCCUCCUCCGCCUUGUACAGAGCAGCCGGCUCCAGCAGAGGCGACAACAUCUUGUACUCCAUCCAAGUCGGCGGCCCAUGACGGCACCAGCACUACAACCACCACUGCCACCACUAUUACCGCAGCGACCGCCAGCACCAGUCAUACUCCAGCUGCCAUAAAGGCAAAACCCAGUGCUGCUCCAAAAGCCCACCCUCCACCCAGGAGAAGACCUCGACCACUUCCUCGUUCUCCAUUUUACAUUCCAUCGCUGGCCGAGGCCCUCAGGAAGCAGCGUGACAGCAAACUGGACUUCAUUUUCAGGGUCAACGAUCGCCACUGUGCCGCAAAGCCCCUGUUUGGCAAAGAGGUUCUGGACUUCCUGACAUUUCUCCCCGGGCCACGGCCCUCGCCUGCUGCCCUGCGCCCCACCAAGGCCGAGUGGGGGCGUUCGGGCCACGGCAGCUGUUUGGUGUCACAGUGGCAACACAAGCACGACAUGUGGUGUCACAGUCACUAUGUGGGAGACGCCAUCCACAGCAUUGAGGAGAGGUUGAUGUUGCUGUCCGACAUCGUGGACCGGUUUACGUUUGCCAUCCCGCCAGUGGAGGCUGCGCGCAUCACCAUGCACUGCUGCCAUCCUCCUCCCUCUCUGAGCCUCAAAGAGGCGGUGUUCUCCGCGGCGCUGUCGGCCCACGUUGCGCCGCUCACUCGCAGCUUCCACCGUAUUCAGUGCAACAUGAGGACACAGUUCCCAGAUCUGAGGCUCAUCCAGUAUGAUUGUGGGAAGCUGCAGACCCUCCACCUGCUGUUACGAAACCUUAAGACGGGUGGCCACAGAGUGCUAAUCUUCACGCAGAUGACACGCAUGUUGGACGUCUUGGAGCAGUUCCUCAAUUAUCAUGGACACAUCUACCUGCGCCUGGACGGCAGCACCCGGGUGGAGCAGAGACAGGCUUUGAUGGAGCGCUUCAACGCCGAUCGCCGAAUAUUCUGCUUCAUUUUGUCAACUCGCAGCGGAGGAGUGGGAGUAAACCUGACGGGUGCCGAUACGGUCGUGUUCUACGACAGCGACUGGAACCCCACCAUGGACGCUCAGGCCCAGGACCGGUGCCACCGCAUCGGGCAGACCAGAGACGUCCACAUCUACAGGCUAAUCAGUGAACGCACUGUAGAGGAGAACAUACUGAAGAAAGCCAACCAGAAAAGGAUGCUGGGAGAUAUGGCCAUCGAAGGAGGAAACUUCACCACUGCCUUCUUCAAGGAGCAAACUAUCCGUGAGCUGUUUGACGUCAACGAUGGCGAGAAGAGGGAGCCGGCCGUUGAAGUGUCCAUGCCUCACGCCGUGGACGAGGAAGCCGGCAACAAGCAGAGCACCACCAUUCUCGAGCAGGCACUCUGUCGCGCAGAGGACGAGGAGGACAUCGUGGCCGCCUCGCAAGCCAAAGCCGAGCAGGUGGCAGAGCUGGCAGAGUUCAACGAGAACAUUCCACUGGACGAUGCAGGCGAACAGGAAGAGGUGGAGGAGCUCUCCAAGGCGGAGCAGGAAAUAGCUGCUCUGGUGGAACAGCUCACUCCUAUAGAGCGCUAUGCCAUGAACUUCCUCGAAGCCUCCUUAGAAGACGUCUGCAAAGAAGAACUGAAACAAGCUGAGGAACAAGUGGAGGCUGCCAGAAAGGGUCUAGACCAGGCAAAGGAGGGGGGCCUCAGGCUGCACGCGUCCUCUGAUGAAGAUGAGGUUUUGUCAACUCAAGCCUCUGUGGAGCCUUCUCAGCCAGCUCCCGCACGACGUGGACGCAAGCCCAAGGACAAAGACAAGGUGAAGGUUGUCACCUCGACAAGGACUAGUGGUCGUCUGCGUGGGGCCUCGCCUGAAACCGAGCCUGCAACGCAUAGGGAAGUGCCUGAAAGAGCCCGUGCUGGUCUGAGAGGACGUGGCGCAGCCAAGGACUCUAGUACCCCAUCUCGCACAGACACUCUAAUAACCAAGCUGCAGGAUCCCCCCAAAUGUUCCAAAACCUCGUCCUCUCCUGCCAGAGACCAGCAGGCUGUCAUAAUCAAGCCUCAGGGCAGUCCAGUACCUUCCUCACCGUCAACGUUGUCCCCUGGAGGAAAGCAACACAGUGUGGCUGAGACUGAGAGCAAGACCCCCAAGCGAGGCAAAGAGGACAGCGGGAUGUCCGAGUCCUCGCUAGAAUCCAUCUGUCUGGUGGACCAUGAAUCAAGAGAUGAUGAGGCUAAAGACCAAAACGCCAUGUCUCCACCCUCCACCAGUUGUCGCUCACCUCGCAAGCGCCAGUCCGCUGACGGGGAAGUCCUGAAGGGUCUCGUGGAUGAUUCGCCAUCAGCUAAAGUCCUUCGGAAGCUUCCAGGUCGGCUCGUCACUGUGGUUGAGGAGAAAGAGCCGAGGAAGAGGAGGUGGCGAGGAAGUGGAGCUGGAGCUUCUUUAGAGGAGGCGCCAGUAGAGGAGAACUCAAGUGAGGACCCAAAUAAAGACUUUUUGAAAGAUUCUUUGGUCACUGACAGCAGCUCUAAAGACACUUUGACCAAAUCUUCUCAAGACCAAGACUACACACAGAGUCCACCCGUGCACCUUCAGCCCGUCAGAGCUUAUCCUCCAUAUUCCCCUCCCCAUCUGUCUCCGGACAUGCCCGUGUUGAGGAACCUUCCCGUCCGCCGUAGGCUGGAAACGGAAUCUCGCAUGGCGGCUCAGCUUGGAGAGCAGCUGCAUGUGGGUCGAGGAAGGAACCCGCACAAGAAAAUAGACUCUCCCUUGGGCAAAGAAACCGCUCUUGCUUCUACCGAGGCCAACGUCAAUACCCUUGAGACCCCCAUGAAAAGAAAGAGAGGCCGGCCCCCUAAGUGUCCCUCCAAGUUGCCUGAUCUCAACAACACUGUGUCUCCUCCUCCAACGCAACCCGUCUCACCGUGUGAGGAUGGAAGCCUCUCCCCGAAACGUAAGCGGGGUCGUCCCCGUAAAGACUCUGUGACUACCCCAGAUUUUGUUUUUGAUGGACACAAAUCUAAAAAAGUGACCCUUGCUGCAGAUGUAUGCAGUGAAUCCAAUCUUGAUGUGAGUGAAGAGCUACCAAAGUCAGAGAACACUGAUCAGGACUUUGUGUCUACCAAAACUGAAGAAACAGACUCAAACACUGUAGAGUCCGCAUUACCGACAACAAACUCUAAUGAAAUGCCCUCCUCAGUUUUAACUUCAACAGUCCAAGCUGAUGCCGCACCAGAAACUCAGGUCGUCUCCACCCCAUCCUCUGACCAAGACACUAUGUCGGCAACACCAAACCAGGUUUCCGCUGUCCUGAUCCCUGAACGUACCACAAGUCUAUCACCCCCUACCAGCCCCGUCUCGUCACCUCCAGUACCAGAGUUUUCUGGACCUUCUGACACUCCAUCUGAGCCAUCAACACAACCGGACUCUGCCAAAACCACCACUGGUGCCACACUAGCUUCUUACCUGCCAUCACCGCCACCAAUGGAAGCAUUACCAACAUCAGACCCGGACACUGCCAUCCCAUCAGCCAUGGAGAUCACAGAGGCGCCCGCUGUACUUCCUGCUGUUAAUACUCCGCCAGCCAACACUACAGAAACCUCCACCCACGAUACAGCCACAUCAUCAAGCCCAGUGGAAGCUCGUUCUAAAGAAACGGACCCAGACCCAACCGAGCAUGUGUCCGAGCGUUCAAAUACCAGCGAACGAAUGUCGACACUGACCGUCACGGCCUGUGUACUUGAAGCACCUCCGGCUGUGAAGCCGCCAAAAACCGAGCCACUUGCGAACACAAUCUCACUAACACCUUCUCCCACCUUCCCUCCCCAAUUAGCAGCAACCACCACCACAGAUGCAACACUCAGCGACACAGUCACAACCUCAACAUUCACCGCCUUCUCCGAUGAACACACUUCUACUGCUUCACCCGACAAGAGAGACUCUGAACUAGUCACUCCAUUGUCUACCACAAGUAGCAUCACAACCACCCAAGUACCAAUGAGCAUGGCCCACACACAAGUACCAACCACAUCAAUGACGACAACACUUGCUCCUCAAAUGUCUGCAGUCACCUCAUGUGCUGCUGUUGCCUCUUCCAAAGAGUCCAUAAAGACCCCUUCUAGUACAGAGUCAAACCCGCCCUUGUCUGAAAGGAAUCUGGACCAGACCACCCAGAUGGAAGUGGAUGGUGUUCAGGCUGAAGAGGACACGCAGCUGGACGUCAAACAAAGAAAGGCCGAAUCCGUCGAGAAAGAAGACAGAGUGGCAGAGGAGGGCAAAAGUGUCUCCGCUCUUGAGAGCGAAGUCAAGCAACCCAGUGAGGAGAUAAAAACUCUGAUCCAGAAAAGAUCUCUCAGUCGUCAGAGCAGCCAAGAGUCUGCUCGCUCGUCGUCCCCCUCAUCCGGCUGCUCCACGUCCACCCUCACUCGUCACGCUCACCACAAAAGGACGUACGAGAACAGACAUCCUACCAAGAGGCAGCGAGUGGACGUGACCUCAGACGCUGUGCCGGGGGACAAACCCGAAGUGGACGGAAGCCAGAGGGACCUGGAAACUUCGUCUCAAAGGAGAGCUGCUUCCGGGUCUUCCUCGUCCUCCUGUGACUCGGACAACGACGAGAGGGGGAAGGAGCGCCGCUUGACUCGCCAGCUGCAAGACCGGGACCAGAACCAAGACAAAGACCAGGAACUGAGCAGCAAACGUCGGGGAAGGAAGCCUGCCCUGAGCUCUGACAGCAACAGUAAUGCCAACACAUCCACGGGGGGUGACUCUGGCAGCGACUCGUCGUCUGUGAGAAUCACCAGGAGAUCGGCAGGGUCUUCUCGAGACAAGAAACCUCCUGCUACCCGCAUGGCCCUACAGCCCCCAGAGCCCGAAGUCCUGGGUAAGCGGUGUUCAGCACUCAAUGCAGCUGCCAAACUUCUCGCUAUGAAAGGAAGGGUUGACACCCCUGGUCACACCCCCCGCAAGGACCCUGCUACUAAAGCCGGCGGGAAUCCUGCGUCUGCGUCUCCUGACCAAAAGAACCAAAAAUCUAAAAGUGUCCCAGCUUCUCUUCGGAUCAAUUCUGUUACCAAAAAUAAAAGUGACUGCAAACCUUUAACGCCCAAUCAGGGGAGUCGCCCAGUGUCUCGCUCCACCAGGCAGUGCCCGGGGUCCCUUGUGCCGCCGCUGGAGGCUGAAUACAAGAGGCCCAAAGCUGAGGAAAAGGAGGCUGGGAGUCAGAAGGUGGCAAAGGCAAAGGAGUGUGACGGGGAAGUGGUGCGGGGCCGGAGCACCUGCAGCAGCAAAGGCGAGGUGGAUGGCAGACAGCCGGACGGUGGGCAGUCAGACGGCAGGGCUGACAAUGGCAGCGCGGGGGCGGACACCGGGCGCCCACACUGUAGCCGGAGUCGUAGCAGCAGCGACAGCAGCCGGCGGGCCUACAGUGUCAGCUCCCAGAACACGGACCGGAAGAGGAACAGCUCUCGCACCGCCUCCUCGGGCAGCGACCGUGACCGCAGCACCGAACGGUGUGGCAAGAACCAGCAGAACCCGCGAAAGGGUGGCCGCAAGUCUCAGAAGCUGACACAAGAGGCGGCGGGCGCCUCGGGCGAGGAGGGCACGCCAGACCGCAUACUGAGGAGUGUGGCGGCAGCGGCAGCUGUCCAGGCCCGGUCUCCGGCGGCCAGCACACGGUCCUCAGCGAACCAGCAACGUCACAACAAGACAUGAGCGCCAGAGCCCUUGAGCGUGAGGUGUCGUCACAGAGCGCGUCCGGACCUUCGGGGUUACCGCACAAGCCCACGGACCUCCUGGCGUCUUGGGCCCCCUCCCCCUCCUUUAAACACGAAGCUGGCUGGGGGGUUGCUCAGGGGUCCAGACUGGGUAGAAGAGAUCCACGUGAGAGCAGGCUUGGCGGCCGGGCGCAGGUGAAGCGUGGACGUGGUGUACUGUCAUCAUUUCAGGACUGAAGAGGAGUUUCGCAGAGAUCGCUGCUAGCUGGAGCUUCUUUGUUUUCUCUCAGUUCUUAUUUGCACAUCUCACUUAUUUUUCUUUCUUCCAUCAUCGGUUCAUCUCGUCACAGCAAAGAUGUGAUGUGGUUCGAGUGGCCCCGAGGCAAAGUUACUGUAGUGUUUCUAGUGCGUCAGUGCCUCUUAGGCCUUGUGAAAGGGUUCGGACCCGAGCUUGCCUUGUGAAGCACUUGAUUCUGGAGUGUUGAGUUUCUCUCUUGUGAAGAAAAGCACCCCCCCCCCCCCCCCCCCAAAAAAAAAAGACUGCUGGAAUGAUCAAGGAACUCAUUCUCUGAAUUUGUGCUACCAAAUUGUUUUACUUGUCACGUCUUUGUUCUGUAAAAUAUAAACAGGGACAUAAUAUUGAAUGGAGUGGUCCAUAAAGGGUGACCAGCAAUUAAUUUACUUUCGGGUGCGGGAUUGAGGAUGGGAGGUUCAUCCGGUCCUGGUGAUGGUCUUUUUCUUUGGUUUGUCUCUUUGUUGCAUUCCUUCAAUCCCUUGUAAUAAUUCCAUAUUGUUUUACUUGAACAAUUAAGACAAUUACUAUUAAAUAAAAAGACCAAAAAUGA